UAUUUGCAAAUGUGCAUUUGACCUGAUUUUAAUCUCUCUUGGACACAAGGAAAAUGUGACUGUUGCACAAGUUAAGCAAUACUGUGAGAUGGAGAGUCAUGAAGAGAAGCUGCACAGACAGAUGAGGGAGGACAAGAUUAGAGAAGCAAAGGAUGAAAUGAAAAGGAAAGCUAAUGAGAUUGAUAAAAACAAGAUUAUAAAGAACAGAGGUGAUAAUUAUAAAGGAGGUUUUGGCCCAUUACAGUCAAUGGGCUCGGGAAUAUUUGAAAAUAGCUUUAAUGAUACAAGCAUCUCCAGCAGUGGAACUGGUUCCAGAUUGAGUUCUGAUGUUGACUCCUUUUCUACCAAGUCUAAAGAUCGGAUAUAGUAAGGUAGACAUCCUCUGUUCAGAAAGUGGGAAGCAGCGAAUAAUUUUGAUGGACCAAAAAUCUCAAGAAGCAAGUAUAUUGCCAUCAUCACUAAGAAGCUCAAGAAAGAAUGAAGCUAUCCAUAAAUUAGGAUGUUGAAUCUUGAUGAGUCCACUAGUAGUUAUUUGUCAUCUAAUGUAUUUAGAUUGUAUUAUUGCAUGGAAAUAAUUGCUUCUUAUUAUAAAGAAAGCGUUUUGUACUUACUGGUGUGUUUUUCUA